UGGCGCAGUUAACUUUCAGUCUAUUUUCCUGGGUGGCUCUUGAAUUUUAUCGUGACUGAAGGUCAUUCCUCAAGGUUGUAUAUUUAUAUGCUGUGGUUAUGAUGCCCGGUGGCGAGUCUGGCGAUGAUAAAGACACAAAGCAAAAAGAAGAUGUGGAGAAAAGAAAUCAGGAGAUUCGUGCCAGUAUUCUAGCACAAAUUCUCGAUCAAGAUGCAAGAGCACGUUUGAAUACCAUUGCGAUCACAAAGCCAGAAAAAGCUAAAAUGGUUGAAAACAUGCUCAUCAAUAUGGCUCAAACUGGACGUCUAGGACCAAAGCUGAAUGAAGAGCAGUUAAAACAAAUCCUCCUGCAGGUUUCUUCGGGUACUCAGAAAUCUACCACGGUAAAGUUUGAUCGUCGUCGUGCAGCUAUCGAUUCAGACGAGGAUUCACUUUAAUGCUUGUUCAACUGAAUUUCCGAAAGCUGAAAAUGUAUGGCUAAGGUAAUGUUUGGGUGCUAGUCCCAUGUGAAGUUUUAUAACCAGAAUAACAACUUUGAUUCACACAAAUCUAAUCAGAAGAACACUUCUAUACUUUAGAUCUAACAAUAAUUUAUUUCAAACAUUAUAAUUGGUUUGACUUCUUAUCGGACCACUGUGUGGCAUAUUUCUCUAACCA